UUCAUUGUGUGAAUUCAAAUUAAGAAAUUUGUCAGCCAAAAUGUUCAAAUUGAUUUUCGUAACAGCUUUAAUUGCCCUGGCUCAGGCCUAUCCUGGUUUGCUUACAGAGGAGUUGGUCUUGGGUACGGUGGGACAUAAUAUCCAUGCCGUUCCAUCGGCUUAUAGCAGCCAUAGUCAAACAGUUGUCCACGGCAGGACAAAUGUUGUCAGCGACCUUGCAGCCCCUGCCGUGCCUGUGGAGACCACUAUUUCUGCUGUCAGUGUCAACUCAGUUAGCGAAAAUGUGGCUGGCCACCCUGUGGUGGACGUACCUUCCGAGGCAGAGGUAAAAGCAAAUAGUAAUUUUGAAUCCACCGAAUCUGCUUCGGCUCCCCAAGAACCUCUAACUAAAACUGCUGAAGUCAAGUCCGUGGAAAAUGCUGUGGAAACCUCAACCCCCAAAGCCGAGCAAGAAAAUUCAGAAGCUGCCAAUGUAAAGUCUUCGGAAAAUGGUGAUGAUACUGCCUCGGUAGUAAGUGCCGAAUCUGCUAAUGCCAGUGCCCCAACUGCAGCUGAAGUUCCAGUGGCAAGCCUUCCCUCCGCUGUCGUAGCACCCACUGUUGUCAGUUCACCAGUUUUCACUCCAGCCGCUGUUGUUGCUGUACCACCCUCAGAAAUAUCCUUUCAUGGAACUCCUUUGCUGAAGAGCUUGGCUGCCGCUUCCACCACCCUACAUGCAUAUGUAGAGACACCAAUUGCUGUGGUCCAUUAG